GGAAGUGAACACGGAAAGGCCCCUUUUCCGAGCUCAUGUUGUCAGGCAGAAAGUGGGCCGACAGCGUUAUAUAGGUCAAAAAGCGUUAAGUCUACAACACCGGAGAAGCACGAAAACAGAAAGUCACCCCGUUAAGUUCACUUAAACGACAUGGCAGCUAAAAAGAAGCGAACGCCCAACGUAGAGAAUGACAGCUGGGUUGUCGUCGCUGCAGACUCUGUCAUCGACACACAGAAGCACGACAGUGAUCCAGCUUUCGUGAGACUAAGGAAUCCCUCAACAGAUGCAGCGUCUCUAUAUAUGCUGGGUAGUGGGGAUGUUCAGCUGUAUGAGGUCAAGGCAUUUGAAGAAGGUUUCCACUCCUGGUUUGUCGGCCAGACUGUACAGAGAGAUGGGAGACUUAUUUUUGUUACACCAAUGGAUCCUCUUUAUCUAAUUUUGCCAUAUUUGAUUAAAUCUGGCAAAGAGGGCAAGUUCCAGCCCAUGGAUCAAGUUAUUAUGGAUGAGGAAUUCCCAGCUUGCUCCAGGCUGCUCAGCUGCACGCGCUCCCUGGACUCUUUGCACCACGUUGCUGAGGAAAAAAAGGUGGGAAGCCUGAAGUUUCAUCGAUACAGUCAGGAGAGGACCAUGAACUGGUUGAAGAAAAAGGUAGAGAGGACGAUUAUUGCCCUCAAGAAGAGAAACAUCUCUGUAGGGGAAGGAGUGAAAUCCACAACAUAUAUCAGAGUCAAGUCAGAGGCAGACAACCAUGAGGAGGACUAUCUCCGCUAUGCUCAUGGGCUGAUAUCGGAGUACAUCAGUGAAGACCUGAGCAAAGCCCUCCUCAGUCACUUGGGUUUACCAGAGCUCACAAGUCCAAAAGAGACAGAACCUCCUUCCAAGAAGCGGAAACUUUCAGACAAGCCGGUGGAGGCUGAAGAAGACUACACCAAAUUCAACAGUGCAGACUUUGCGCGGAAACCACCCAAAAAGAUGACGGCAGCUCAGAAAACUCUGGCGAAGGUGGACAAGACGGGUAUGAAGCCAAUGUCGUCCUUCUUCAGCACCAAGGUCAAAGCAGAAAAGAAAUGAAUGUUUUGUAGCUGCUCGUUUGUAUAUGACAUAUUUGUAAUAAAGAAAAGAAAAUGUA